AUGGAGCAUUUUCACCACCUCGCCUCUAUCGGAACGCAUUCUUUGAGCUAUGCGCUACGUGGAAUAACAAGAAAACCAGGUUCCCCACUCAUAAUAGUCAUGACCGGGGUGACAAGCAGUGCAUUAGAAUGGAGUGCAGUCUGCCGCAAUCUUGAGUCAGAGGCUUCAAUUCUUCUCUAUGAGCGCUCCGGAUACGGUCGUAGUGAAGAAUCCCCACAUGAGCCCGACUCACUCACAAUAGUCGAUGAGCUCUCCAGACUAUUGAAGUCGGCUGCGCUGGAGCCGCCGUACUUAGUUGUCGGUCAUUCAUGGGGUGGGAUCCUGGCCCGAGAAUUCAUCGCAUCCAGACAGAUCAAGGAUAUCUAUGGGCUAAUCCUUGUGGAUGCAGUCCAAGAACACAUGCUUUUCAAAUCUUUCCCUGAUCCUAGCGUUUCAGCUGUUACUGAGGGACUAGACUACUACGAGGUAACUGGUAUCACAAAAAGUCAUCAGUUGACAGAGUCGGAAUGGGGUGACUUCGUUGCUGAGGAGGAUAGCGAUAAGCAUGCUCGACAGGCGGAAUUGGAGUUGCCUUUCCUUCAAAUUAGUCGACCUGUCAUUUCUCAAAAGCAACAAUUGAUACCUCACAAGAACAUGCUCCAAGGACGACCUCUUGCCGUACUAAAGGGAAACUGCGCGCGCGACCACAAGUUGAUGUACGAGGCUGGCGAGGCGAAGGGACUGGGAAGCGUGGCUCAAAAAGCCAUAUAUCGCGAUUAUGUGUCAAAAUUUGACAAUGCCGAAGAUGAACAUCAACGCGAAUUCCUUCACCUGUCAAAUUUGAACCGCUAUACUGUGACAACAAAGAGCGGUCAUAACAUUCAACUUACGGAACCCGAAUUGGUUGCAAAUGAGAUCCGAUGGGCAGUUAAAAAUGGCAUCGACAUUAUUUCUUGA